GGAAAAAAAGAGAAAAAGGUGGAUAAAACCCUAGCGAAUUCCCUCCAAUGCGGCUCCGAUCGGCUUCGAUUCGAGCUCUAAUGGCGUUGAAGCUGUGGUUUAUUGCUUUCUAGGCUGUGGUUUUGUUGGAGAAGGUGGUGGUGAUUUGGGUUUUUUGAUGGCGUCGAGGCAAGGAACUAGGCAUCGGAAAGGGAGCUCGGCGGGGGGGAAGACUGUGAACUCGCCGUCAUCGUCGACGACUUCGUCGUCGCGGCAGGUGAUGGAGGUGGCGUCAGUGGAUGAGCAGAGCUCGCCGGCGUCGUCGUCGGCGCAGUAUUUCUGUGCUGAUGGGAUUGGGUUGGAUGCGGACCCUUGCAAGGAGAAUGUGUCCGUCACCGUCCGGUUCCGGCCGCUCAGUCCUCGGGAGAUCCGGCAGGGGGAGGAGAUUGCUUGGUAUGCCGAUGGGGAAACGAUCGUGAGAAGUGAGCAAAAUACGUCACUCGCAUAUGCUUAUGAUAGAGUUUUUGGACCUACAACUACAACACGCCAUGUGUAUGAUAUAGCUGCUCAGCAUGUUGUCAGUGGUGCUAUGGAGGGCAUAAAUGGAACAAUAUUUGCUUAUGGAGUUACAAGUAGUGGAAAGACCCAUACAAUGCAUGGAGAUCAAAGAUCCCCGGGUAUUAUACCUUUGGCUGUGAAGGAUGCAUUUAGUAUCAUACAAGAGACUCCUAGCAGGGAAUUUCUUCUACGUCUGUCAUAUAUUGAAAUCUAUAAUGAGGUUGUUAAUGACUUGCUUAAUCCGGCAGGCCAGAAUCUAAGAAUUAGGGAGGAUCUUCAGGGAACUUUUGUUGAGGGUAUUAAGGAAGAAGUUGUGUUAUCCCCUGCUCAUGCCUUGUCCCUUAUUGCUGCUGGGGAAGAGCACAGGCAUGUGGGAUCUACUAACUUCAAUUUACAAAGCAGCAGAAGCCAUACAAUAUUCACACUGACAAUAGAGAGUAGUCCCUGUGGUGAAUCUAGUGAAGGUGGAGCUGUGAACUUUUCCCAGCUUAACCUCAUCGAUCUGGCAGGUUCAGAGAGCUCAAGAGUGGAAACUACUGGAGUACGUAGGAAGGAAGGAUCUUAUAUCAACAAAAGCCUUUUAACUCUUGGAACUGUGAUUUCUAAAUUAACAGAUGGAAAAGCUACGCAUAUUCCAUAUCGUGAUUCCAAAUUAACUCGUCUCCUCCAAUCAUCCUUGAGUGGUCAAGGGCGUGUAUCUCUCAUAUGUACUGUUACACCAUCAUCAAGCAAUUUGGAAGAGACGCACAACACAUUAAAAUUUGCACACCGUGCAAAACACAUCGAGAUUCAAGCAUCACAAAACAAAAUUAUUGAUGAAAAAUCUCUGAUUAAGAAAUAUCAGACUGAAAUUCGUAGCUUGAAGGAAGAACUAGAACAAUUGAAAAGGGGAAUUGUAUCUUAUCCUCCAUUAAAAGAUAUUGGAGAGAAUGACAUUGUCCUAUUAAAACAAAAGCUAGAAGAUGGUCAUGUGAAGUUGCAGUCAAGGCUCGAGCAAGAGGAGGAAGCUAAAGCUGCCUUGUUAGGGAGGAUACAGAGAUUAACAAAACUAAUUCUGGUGUCUACUAAAACUGCACAGUCUUCAAGAUUUUCUCCGCGUCCUGGGCUAAGGCGAAGGCAUUCCUUUGGGAGAAGAGAGCUUGCUUACCUCCCAUACAAAAGGCGAGACAUGCUCUUGGAUGAUGAAAAUUGUGACCCUUAUGUUCCUGUAGAGGGAUACAAUGAGGCAACUGAUGAUAGUUCUAAGGAAGACAAAAAGAACAAGAAACAUGGGCUCCUGAAUUGGUUCAAGUCACGGAAACGAGAUGGUGGAAUGGCAACCUUAACAAGCUCUGAUGGUGAAAAAUCAAGUGUAACAAAAUCGUUAACUACACCAUCAACUCCUCAAGCAUAUGGCGAGUACGUCCCUGCAGAGGCUGGAAUGCUAAACCCCUCGAUGGCACAGAAUGGCCCUGGUGAUCACAUCUCGGAUGUGGUGAAUGGUAGAGAACUUCCCAGCGACAGUAUUUCCCUUGAAGAGACACCUAUGACUAGCGUAAAAUCCAUCGAUCAUGUUGAACUGCUGAGAGAGCAACUAAAAAUUCUGUCUGGUGAAGUAGCACUCCAUUCAAGUGUUCUGAAAAGACUUUCAGAUGAGGCAGUGCACAACCCAAAGAAAGAACACAUUCAAUUGGAGAUGCGCAAGGUGAAUGAGGAAAUCAAGGCCAAAUCCCAACAAAUAGCUUCUAUAGAAAAACAGAUGGCUGAUUCAUUCUUAGCUACCCAAGGCAAGAUCGACAAGCUGGAAAAUUCACUGUCUUAUGCUGACUUAGUAGAACAACUCAAUGAGAAGUCUUUUGAACUUGAGGUGAAAACUGCAGAUAACAGAGUGAUCCAAGAACAGCUAAAUGAAAAGACAUCAGAAUGCCAAGAGCUACAAGAAACAGUUGCUUCUCUUAGACUACAGCUCACACAAGCACAUGAGGUGGAAAACUCAUUUUUAACAAGUAAUCAAACGCAUCAUGGAAUUGGAGAAGCACAAUCACCAAGGAGUAGAGAUCUAUCCUCAAGAAAGCUCUCAACUGAGCUCCUUCAGCAAGCUCAGGCUUCUGAGAUUUGUGAAUUAAAGGAGAAAGUUUUGGAGUUAACUGAAGCAAAAAGUCAACUUGAAGUUCGAAACCAGAAACUAAUGGAAGAGAGCUCAUAUGCAAAAGGUUUGGCAUCAGCUGCAGGUGUUGAGUUGAAGGCAUUAUCAGAAGAAGUCACCAAGCUAAUGAACCAUAAUGAAAGACUCGCCACAGAACUCGCAACUCUGCGGAGCUCUACGCCUCGCCGAGCAACUAGUGUAACAAGGAAUAACAACAGACGAGACAGUGGCCAACAUAUCAAGCGUCAAGAAACAAUGGCGAAGAAAGAAGCAAAUGCAGUAUAUGAAAGAGAGUUAUUAUCACUGGAAGCUUCAUUAAGGGAAAAGGAUCAAAGAGAAGUUGAACUCCAGAAGAAAGUAGAGGAAUCCAAACAGAGAGAAGCCUUUCUGGAGAAUGAACUGGCCAACAUGUGGGUUCUAGUAGCUAAGCUGAAGAAAGCUAAUGGAACUGAAACUAACGACUCAAAUUUUAAAGAAUGACAAGACCUAAAUAAUAAAAGAGUUGACAAGUCAAAAGUGAUAGAUAAGGUGUGUUGAUUUGCUUGGGCGUGUGUGUGUGUGUGUGUGUCUGUGCAAAUGUUGUAUAUUUGAGCUUACUUUGUAUUGUGAAUUCUUGUUAUUCCUAUUGGUUUUAUUCUUUA